GUGUCUCCGGGUUCCUUCGCGUCUCGUUCCCGGAGAAACGCGGGAAGUUGGCCCGCGCGCUCUUGCCCCGCGGCUGUGGUUGUGUCGUGUUGCGGGAGCGCUGCACCAGAACCUGAGGAAGACCCUGUCUCAGGCUCGGCGCCAUGGAGGUGGUGGAGGCCGCCGCCGCUCAGCUGGAAACUCUGAAAUUCAGCGGCCCGGGCCCUGGGGGUGGCGAAGGCCCGGCGCCGCACGCUGCGAGCUCAGCGCCGCAGACGCCGGUGCAGUCGGAUGCGGGGUCCCUGGACACUGGGCAGACGGCGGAGGCGCCUCUGGUCGGGGAGCGGCCGCCGCAGCCUGCGCUGAGCGCCGUCGCGGGCGGGAGCCCCGAGCCGCCGCCGCCGCCGCCCUGCGGGGACCCGGGCGAGGAGGCGGAAGCGCAGCCCCCUAAUUCUCUGGGCACCUCGGAUUCGGAUUCGGACUCGGACUCCGACAGUGAGACAGAUUCAGAUAGUUCAAGCUCUUCCUCUUCAUCAUCGUCAUCUUCCUCCUCCUCAUCAUCUCGUGUGUCAUUUCCUCCAGUGCUGUCAGAUGGAGAAGAUGAUUUACAAGUUGAGAAGGAAAGUAAGAAUUUUCCUCUUAAAACAAAAGAUGAGUUACUUCUUAAUGAACUACCUUCUGUUGAAGAACUCACUAUUAUUCUGCCAGAAGAUAUUGAAUUAAAGCCUCUUGGAAUGGUUUCAAGCAUUAUUGAGCAACUAGUAAUCAUUGAAUCUAUGAGUAAUUUACCUCCAGUUAAUGAAGAGACUGUAAUUUUUAAAAGUGAUCGACAAGCAGCAGGAAAGAUAUUUGAGAUAUUUGGACCUGUUGCACAUCCGUUUUAUGUUUUACGAUUUAAUUCAUCAGACCACAUUGAAAGUAAAGGUAUUAAAAUAAAGGAGACUAUGUAUUUUGCUCCAUCAAUGAAAGACUUCACCCAAUAUAUAUUUACAGAGAAACUGAAACAGGAUAGGGGGUCAGACGCGUCAUGGAAGAAUGAUCAGGAACCACCACCAGAUGCCUUAGAUUUCAGUGAUGAUGAGAAAGAAAAAGAAGCCAAACAGCGAAAAAAAUCUCAGAUUCAAGGCCGGAAAAGACCCAAAGCUGAAUUUAAUGAAGCAGGUGAUGAUUUUGCUGAAGUGCAUCAGAAUUGGAAUGCUUACAGCUCGGCCUCAGAGCACGCGAAAGGAUUUCGCAACAGAGAAUUCACGCGAGGAUUCGCCAGGGGCCGAUAUCCCCGACCUUGCCACGGCAGGCCGCCACCUCAGCAGUUUUACAACUCAGAGCAGGAGACUUCAGGGUAUCCAGCUCAGAGGCAGGAGAAUCCCAUGCUUCCACAGUACCCGUUUCCUCCUCCAGUGUUUGACAUGCAUAAUUUUUCACUUCCCCCACCACCGCCGCCGCCCCCGCCCCCGCCCCCAUCUGUAAACAUGGGCUGGGCUGCACCUAACGUGGCCCCUCAUCCAAUGCUCAACUUACCCUACUCCCUGCCCCCGCCCCCUCCCCCGCCCCCGCUGCCGCCUCCACCGUCAUCUGCGGAUAGCAGUGCUCCUCAUUUCGGAUCUUACUAUUAAGAUUGUAUGCAUUUGCAGAGAAAUGUGGACUUUCAUAGUAUAUGGUAGGGUAUUUUAUUUUUUAAGAAAAGAAACUGAUUAUGGAGCUAGAUUUUUAGAAAAACUGUAAAAUACUGAAUAAUUCCUUCAGUUGUAGGUUGGUAUAUAUUUGUAACCUUUGUGAAAUUGUAUUCAUAUGAAAAUUUCUGCUCAAAUUCUUGGAAAAAUCCAAUAAUAUAGUAUUCCAUUAAAACCUUUGAGCUAUGUCUUCCUCCACCCUGCCCAACAGUAUAUAUAGAACAGGUUGAGCACCGCUAAGCUGAAAAUCCAGAGUGCUCUCAGAUCUGAAACUUUAAGCAUUGACAGGAAGCUGCAGAUGGAAAAUUGUAUACCUGUCCUAUGAUGAUGGAUCAUGGUCAGAAUGCUAGACAUAUUAAAAAAUAGUCUUCAGCUUGCAUGUAUAUAUUAAGCAUAAAUGAAUUUUGUGUUGAGUUGGGUCCUCUCACCAUGGUACCUCAUUAUACAAAAUCUGAAAAAUUCCCAAAUCUGAAAUUCUUUUGAUUCUAAGCAUUUCAAGUAACAGGUACUCAACCAGUGGUGGAUGUAGAACAGAUUUCAUUAUGGAUUAAAAUACACUAAAUGCACUAAUUGUCUUCUUGGUAGAAUCUGAAAAUGAAAUGCUAAAGCCCUAUUCAAAGUCUUUAAAAUAAACUGUUUUUAUGAAGUUUGGGAUUUGAUUUUGAUUAUAAAUGUACCUUACCAGUAAAUUUUAAUGAUUUUUUUUUCCUUCAAAACAAGUACAAAUUGUAGAAGAGGAGAGCCUUAAGAACUGGCAGAAGCUCUAUGAAGUUAAUGUUACUUACAUUCAGGCAAGCUUCUGUUGUUUCUGUCAUUUGAAUACUCUUUAGAAGGUUAUACUAUUUAAGUUUCACAAGAAGAUAUAUUGAGGGAUAUGUCUUCCAUAAAGUGUCCUAGAUUCUUAUAUACUUGUUAUAAAUUAGAUACUUAAUAAAUAUUUAUAGAAUAACAAUUCAAAAUUUUUAAUGAAAUGAACUGUGACUUUUAUAUAAAGUGUAAAUGUAAGGGGAAUUCUCCCCUUUGCUGGUUUUCCCCAAAUGUCCUUGACAGCUGGAGCAGGGCUAAGCCAAAGACGAAACCCAGGACGUCACUCCAGGUCACUUGAGCCAUCACUGUUUCCUCCCAGCGUCUGCAUUAGCAGGAAGGUAGAAUCUGGAGCCAGAGCCUAGCAUCAAACCCAGCACUUCAGUGUAGAAUGUGAGUGUCUUAACCCCCAGGCUGUCUCCCCAAAAUUUUUAAAAGCACUAAAGUAAAAUCUAAAAGCCUUUUUUUUUUUUUUUUUUUAAAGAGUGGAAUAAAUAUAGUAAACUAUCAAGCAGUGGUAAUCACCAUGGCAUUUAAAAAUCUUUCAAAAUUUUUGCCUGAGGUACUAACAGUAAAUAAUGUUUAUUUUUUUAAAAAAAUUUAAAAAUAAACUUUAACAGACAUAAAAGUUACACAUUUUUGUGGAGUACUAGGUGAUAUUUCAUAGCAUGUAUACUUUAUAUAAUGUCCAAUCAGGUUAACAGUGAAUAUUUAAUAUCCAAAGGAACAUAAAGCUUAAUUAUAUUCCUUGACCCUUACUUUCAAUUAAGUUGGUGUCUUAACCACUUAGGUCCAAUUUUUGCCUUCUUCCCUAUGUUUAAUUCAGGGCUUUGAAACUCCGAAAUGCCUAGAAAUCAUCUGGGUAAGUUUUUUUCUUAAUAUACACUCUUGGAGUUUAUCGCUAGAGUUUAAUUACGUAGGUCUGAGAUAAAUCCUAGAGAACUAUUUUUUAUCAGUACCCUGGCAGUUAAUUUUAGGAAUUUUGUUCUGCACAUCUGUUUUAAGACAAAUACAUUACUCUUAAUUUCUUGGCCAUUCACUUUGGAAACUCAGGGGAAUUCUUUUGGUGGUAGCAGUGAGGAUAUCCAAAUUGGUGACAAGGAAAAAUAAAACCAGCUGCUUAAAUUAGCAUCUUACUUGGUCCUCAGAGGCGUGUUUUGUCAAUCACAUUUACCUUUGGAAUUCAGGAGGACUCAACUGCUGGAAUGUUUAAUGUAUUCCUUUCAAAAUUCAUGUGUUGAAAGUUAAUUACUGUCAUGGUAUUAAGUGGUAGGGCCUGUUGGGAAAUGAUUGCCUCCCUAACAAGCCGUAAGGUGCCAUGUUGUAAGCAGACAGAAGCCUUCAUCAAUAAUAGACCUGUUGGCAUCUCAGUCUUGAACUUCGUAGCCCCCAGGGCUGUGGGAAGUAAAUUUUUAUUUUUUAUAAAGGACCCAAUCUGCUGUUUUUUUACACAGUGCAAACGAAUGAGGGCACCAACUGUCAUAUUUGGAAGAGCAAAAUAAUAAAUUGUCAUCAUUCCCACCUUAAUCUUAGUGUUCCUUUUAAGAAAUCAUGUGGCUCUAGAUCCUGGUAUAAAAGUAAAUGCUUAAAAUGUUUGACUCACACAGUUUCUUAAUUCAGAUAGAAAAUUCUUUAUUAUUAGCCUUUUCCUGUAAUAAGGUAGGUUGAUAUAAACACAGUUGCAAAUGGCUAAUGGCUUUGCGUGUUGGUAGUUGCAAAUGUGUUAGAAUGUUCUGAGUAAGGCCAGUACCGUGGUUCACUUGGCUAAUCCUCCGCCUGCAGCAGCGGCACCCCUGGUUUUAGUCCUGGUUGCCCCUCUUCCAGUCCAGCUCUCUGCUGUGGCCCUGGCGUGCUUGGGCCCCUGCACCUGCAUGGGAGACCAGGAGAAGCACCUGGCUCCUGGCUUUGGAUCAGCACAACGCCGGCCAUAGCGGCCAUUUGGGGUGUGAACCAACAGAAAGGAAGACCUUUCUCUCUGUCUCUAACUCUGCCUGUAAAAAAAAAAAAAAAUGUUCUAAGUAGAACUCAGUGGCUAAGCUAAUACCUUUUUAGAUAAGUCCUUUCUUUUUUCAGAAAAAAUAAGGCGUGAUUAUUGGGUGACAUGAAAAAUAGAUAACCGAAAACUGGGUUGAGAGUCCAGUGGAGACCUAGAAUAGAGUGCAGUUUCAGAACUUAGCAAAGGACAUGUCUUAGUUCAUUUCGUACUACUAUUCCAGAAUGCCACAGACUGCAUAAUUUGGAAUGAACAGAAAUCCAGUGGAUUACUGUUCUAAAAUCUAGGAAGUCAGUAUCAUGGUGCCGACGUCUGUGAGGGCUUUCUUGUUGCAUCAUUACAUGGCAAAGGAGAAAGGGCAGAAGACAGCCUGAAGGCAUCCUUUUAUGACAGCAUCAAUCCCAUUCAUUCAUGAGGGUAGACCCCUCGUAGAAUCACGUUUUAAAUGUUCCCACCCGAAUACUGUUACCAUGGCAAUUAAAUUUCUAUUCAGAAUUUUUAGCGGACGUUCACCCGUGGUUGGGUAUUUCUUAAAAGCAAUGUGGUUAAGUAAUGCAAUACCAAAAAUGUUGCCAUCUCUGUGAAGCUAGAUGAUUAGCAAUAGACCCUAACUUGUCAGUAUUAAUGGGAAAGAGAGGAUACAAGUAGCAAGCAGUGACAUGGCACCUGAAUGCAGAAGUCUUAUUGUGUGCCCACACUGGGAUUUGUCACUUCCCCUGUCUCCUUUUUUUGCUGCUUUUGGUUGCUUAGAGAUGGUGAACACCAAGUAUAUUUUAAAAAAUACAGGUUAGGGACAGGUGUUGUGGCACAGUGGGUUAAUCUGCUGCUUGUGGCACUGGCAGCCCAUAUUGGAGCACCAGUUCUAUUCCUAGCUACUCCACUUCCAAUCCAGCUUCCUGCUAAUGUGCCUGGGAAGGCAGUGGAAGGUGGCCUGAUUGUUUGAGCCCUGCCACCCAUGCAGAGACUAGGAUGAAGUUCCAAGUCCCUGACUUUUUCUGGCCCAUAGCUGGCUGUUGUGGCCAUUUUGAGAAUAACAAGAUAUUUCUUUUUCUUCUUUCAUCUCCAUCUCUCUCUUUGACACCCUACCUUUCAAGAAUAAAUAAAUAAAUAAAUCGGUCAUUUAAUGAAUAAGAAAUAUAAUCUGAGUUCUUGAACUGUAAUUUUCAAGUGUUUGAUCAAUAUGAAGAAGUAUUAUAUAAAAUACUAGGAGCUUGACAAUAUUCUAAUUACAGGGGAUAUAUGUUUCUUGUAUUUUUCUCUCAAUAAUGUUUGGCAUUUAGAUUUUUUUUUAAUAUUCUUUUUUUGAAAUGGAAUUUUUUAUUUUUUAUUUUUUUGACAGGCAGAGUGGACAGUGAGAGAGAGAGACAGAAAGGUCUUCCUUUGCCGUUGGUUCACCCUCCAAUGGCAAGGGCCUGGGCCAUCCUCCACUGCACUUCCCUGGCCACAGCAGAGAGCUGGCCUGGAAGAGGGGCAACCGGGACAGAAUCCGGCGCCCCAACCGGGACUAGAACCGGGACUAGUGCCGGCGCCGCAAGGCGGAGGAUUAGCCUAGUGAGCUGCGGUGCCGGCAGGCAUUUAGAUUUGAUACAUUUUCAUUAAGUGCUUUAAAAUAACAUAGGUUUUUUGGUUUAUUUGAGAGGCAGAGAGCUCCCAGCUCCCAUCUGCUGGUUUACUGCUCUAUAACCACAACAGCUGGGACUGAGCCCAGAUGAAUUUGGGAACUUGGAGCUCAAUCCAGGUCUCCCACAAAGGAAACUGUGUGAACCCUUAGUGCUGCUUUCAGGGUCAGCAUAAGCAAAAAAUGAGUCCGGAACUAGAGGCAGGUGUUGAAACCAGGCACUUUGUUAUAGGAUACUGGCAUCCCAACCAGCCUCUUAACCACUUGGCCAAAUGCCUACCCCAAAGCAGUAUGUUUAACUGCAUUUAAUGGUUCCUACUAGAUCUUGUACUCAACAGCCCAUUGAGUUCUCCAGUAGAAAAAGCAGUCUCUUUCAUGUCUGGGUGAUUUAUAAGAAAAAGAAGAAGAAUUCUUUGUGUCUAUUCUCACUUUUUUCCAGCCUGUUUCACCAAGGUACCUAAGAUAGGCUUGAGACCAAAAAAAAAAAAAAAAAAAAAGUGUUUUAAUUUAUUUGAAAGGCAGAGUUAUAGAGAAGGAGAGAGAGAGAGAUGCCUUCCAUCCUCUGGUUCACUCCCCAGAUGGCCUGCAACAACCAGGGCUGGGUUAGGAUAAAACUACAAGUCAUGGUCGAUCCCAGUUUCCCAUGUGGGUGGUAGGCAUCCAUGCAUUUGAGCCAUCAUCUGCUGCCUUCCCUGGCAGCCUUAGCGGGAAGCUGGAAAGAAAGCAGAGCAGCCUGGACUCAGCCACUCCCAACAUGGGAUGUGGAUGUCCCAAGCAGCAGCUUGAUCCACCUGCUGUACAACCCCUGCCUUGGAAAAUUCUUAGGACACUCUCUUCACAUGCUCAGGGUAUUUAUAACUUUUAGAAAUAAGCAGUCCUGUGCUACUAUAGUUGAAUCCUAUGGAAAGUAAAUUAGUGUAGUGUCAAAUGCUAAAUCCUUCCUUAUUUAAAAAAGGAAACUAGAUAAAACUUUUUGUAGAGAAUUUGUUCACACAGUAUGUAUUUAUAAAAUCUUUUGUUCUAAUGUUGCAUAUUUGACACUAAUGAUAAGCUCUGAACCAUAAAGACAAAAAAUAAAUUCAGUAGAAUGCAAGCUGAGAAAUAUUAGAAAAAUAAAGAAUUGUGUUCAAGAAUUCAUUAUCAGAUAUUGUUGCAGUUACACUGUGAUUUAAUACUUUGAGGCUAAAAGGAAAUUCUCACGUUUGCAUUCUUUUCUGCAGAUAAAUUGCCAUAAUCCAAAAGUGUAUCUUUGCUUCUCAGAUUGUGACUAAUCUGAUCUUAGUUUUAUAUGGUUGUAGAUUAUGACCAGAAAACCAAGGAAACAAUCUAAUGUGGCUGAAAUUAAAGUUGAGAAAUAUCUCCUUAAUAAUAUCUGUCAGGCCAAUGUACUUGUUUUGAGCUUAGCAGCAAUGAAAUUAUUACACCUCAUUUUUGACUGCACUAAAUACCUAAAUUGUUAUCAUUAGUGGAUUAGACAUGAACAGUUACUUAGUAUCCUGGAAACGAAGUAUAAAUUUGUGUAUCAAUGAUAAACUAUCUAAUAAUGAAAAAGGCAAUGAAGAGAAAUACAAAUAUAUUCUUGUGCACAUGGAAUAUUAAAAAGUAUAUAUUUAUGAAAUGUAUAUUUUAUCUACUUAUCUAUGUACAUAUGUAUACAUUUGAAGGCUGGUACAAAAAUCUGAUUGUUAUGCAUCUUUUAGUUGUUUAGUGCCUUUCCUUUCUACCCAUACAAGGUUGAUGCAAUAGAAUAAAUUUUAUGUUGUUA